AUCUUUCCCGUUCGAACAAAACCAGAUCUUUCUUCUCACGGCCCGCUCCCCUUCCCCAACCCCCUCUCUCUUUCCUUUCUCUCUCUUGGGCGGAAGGAAGAACCCUAGGUAGAUUUCCUCCCGUAUUCUCUCCUUUGGAAAAACUUGCAGGGAAAGGUAGUAUGGUAGAGGAACCCAAGGCGCGGUCUGCCGCUUCUUUAUCCAUCAUUGACCCUCGAUCGCGCUUUUGUUAAGAGGUUUCCUUUUUUGUCAAUUCAGAGAUCUUCAUAACAUAAAAGAUGAAUGGGAAUGGGAAUGGAACGUUUAAUUCUCAGAUUUUGGUGGAUAAGUUGGCAAAACUUAAUAGUUCGCAGCAAAGCAUAGAAACUUUAUCACAUUGGUGCAUAUUCCAUAGAAUGAAGGCAAGGCAAGUUGUGGAAAUAUGGGACCGUCAAUUUCACCAUUCCCCACGUGAGCAGCGAUUAUCUUUUCUUUACCUUGCAAAUGAUAUUUUGCAAAAUAGUCGGAGGAAGGGUGUAGAAUUUGUUAAUGAGUUUUGGAAGGUUCUUCCGGAUGCACUUAAUGAUUUGAUUGAGAAGGGUGAUGAUUUUGGAAGAAAAGCUGCUUUAAGGCUGGUCGACAUAUGGGAGGAAAGAAAAGUCUUUGGUUCUCGUGGGCAUGUUCUAAAGGAAGAAAUCAUAGGUAGAAAUUCAGAAAACAGAAAGUCGAGUGAGAGAAAUGCAAAUUACAAGUCGUUGCAGAAAUAUCCUGGCAGAGAAUUGCUUGAGAAGAUCAUCUCCGGUUAUGAGCUUAUCCAUAAUGAUCAUAUAGAUGAGGAUGCAUUGCUUGGAAGAUGUAGUACAGCUAUCAGCUCCAUGGAGAAAAUGGACCAGGAGAUUGGCAAUAAUCUUAAUCUAGGUACUAUUAGCGGAUCUGGAGCUUUUGAGGAGUUGAAGGGGUGGCACAACAUUCUAAGGGAAUGUGUUGGGCAACUAAAAAUUGCUGAAUCAUCAAGGAUAGCCCUGCAAUCUCACUUAAGAGAAGCACUGCAUGAGCAGGAAUUGAAGAUUGAGCAGGUCCGUGAGCAACUUCAGGUUGUUUUAUCCAGAUAUGAACAAUCAUCCAACAUCUUGCUUCAACUACAGAGCAUAAAUAAUACAUCACAAGCACUUCCUGAAGAGAAAUCUGAUGAGGCUUCAGUGCCCAUUGCUGAUGCUUCUGCUGGCGUCCCUGUAGAAACUUGUCUCAUAUCGGGUGAUUAUAAGCAGGAAUCAGCACCAGUGAGAUACACCCAGCAACAGCAGCCACUCAUUCCAGCUGACAACUCUCUCCAGAAUGAAGACGAACAGCGAAAAAAGUCCGCCGCCGCCGAGGUAGCGGCGAAGCUCACAGCAUCCACAUCCUCAGCUCAGAUGCUUAGUUAUGUCCUCUCUUCCCUUGCUUCAGAAAGUAUCAUUAGUAAUCAAUCUCAGAAGGAAGAUUAUUCUCCUCACAGCAAAAGAUCCAAGGUUGAGAAUGGUGGCCUUCCCCUAUAUCUUCCUCCUACUCAGACACAACAAUCUCAGCCACCGCCGCCGCCUUUCCCACACCCAGAUUCCGUUAACCCGCCGCCGCCGCCACCCCCACCACCAUCAUCGCCACCAGCAAUGCCUUCCAUGAUGCCUCCAUUGAUGCCACCCGCUAAUGUUUCGCACUUCAUACAGGCCGGCGGUCCGAUGGCCGCCGUCAUCCCAUACAACUAUGCUUCAUCACCAUUACAGAUUCAGCCAUCCCUUCCCCCGCAUUUGACCGGCGGCAUGCCACUUUACUCCAUCCCACCUAACCCUUAUCAGGGUUUUCAGCUUCCAGAUGGUGUUGGUUCCUUUAGUCUGCAGCCAUUGCCAUCAACAACACCACCCCCUCUCUCCAGACAAUGAAAGGCAUUGGAUAUGGUCAUAAUUGUUAACUUUUGCAGGCCGACUGGUUUAAUAUUUGUUCAGUAAGUGUUAUUCUUAGUGUUUUGUAAACAUGUCAAGGGUAAAAUGAGUGUACAUGUAUAUUAUUUAGGUCAUUUAAUAGCCUCUUACAUCUGAAGCUUUUAAUAGAUUAUUGAGCUCUGAACUUUGAUUCUAUGUUGUUGUUGAUGUGAUUGUAGUUCGAGUUAUGUUAUUCAUAUUCAAAUAGCAUCUCUCUGCAACA